CCUUCUGCUUGCUUCGUCUCUCUCACUCUUUCAUCAACGAGUCCACUCGCCCAGCCAGCCUCGACAGACAGUUAACUAGGAUAGGAAUAACACACACUACUUUGGAGUUUGGAGCCCCCCCAUCUAUUUUCUUCUCUUCAGAAUACUCUCAAUUUCACUUCCACCACAAUUCAACAAAAAAAUAAAAAUAAAAAUGGUGGACGAAAGUUCUGACAGCGACACCCGGAAAAUUCGGAACAUAUGCAUACUUGCACACGUGGACCACGGCAAGACGACGCUGGCGGACCACCUGAUCGCGGCGGGGGGUGGCGGUUUUGUCCACCCGAAGCUUGCGGGUCGGGUUAGGUUCAUGGACUACUUAGACGAAGAACAACGAAGGGCCAUCACGAUGAAGAGUUCUUCGAUUUCCCUUUCCUAUAAGGACUACUCUAUCAACCUUAUUGACUCACCAGGCCACAUGGACUUCUGCAGUGAGGUCUCCACCGCCGCCCGCCUCAGCGACGGCGCCCUCGUCCUCGUCGACGCCGUCGAAGGCGUCCACAUCCAGACCCACGCCGUGCUCCGUCAAUGCUGGAUCGAGCGUCUCUCACCUUGCUUGGUCCUCAACAAGAUCGACCGUUUGAUCACCGAAUUGAAAUUGAGCCCCUCCGAAGCCUAUACUCGCUUGUUGAGGAUCGUCCAUGAGGUUAACGGCAUUGUUAGCGCGUACAAGUCGGAGAAAUACUUGUCCGACGUGGAUUCUCUCCUCGCUGGUGCUGCCGCCGGCACCGGCGAGGUUCCGGAGGAUUAUUAUGAUGAUGAUAAUGAGGAUGUGUUUCAGCCUCAGAGAGGGAAUGUGGUUUUUGCUUGUGCAUUGGAUGGUUGGGGUUUUGGGAUUCAUGAGUUUGCUGAAAUAUAUGCUUCUAAGAUUGGUGCGAGUGUUAAUUCCUUGCAGAAAGCUUUGUGGGGUUCUAGGUAUUUCAAUCCCAAGACCAAGAUGAUUGUUGGGAAGAAAGAGAAUGGAGCUGGUGGUGGUGGUGGUAAGAAGCCUAUGUUUGUUCAGUUUGUGUUAGAGCCGCUUUGGCAGGUUUAUAAGGGAGCUCUAGAAGGGGAUAAAGUGUUGCUUGACAAAGUUAUUAGGUCCUUUAGUUUGUCAAUUCCGGCGCGAGAAUUGCAAGAUAAGGAUGCUAAACGAGUGCUUCAGGCAGUUAUGAGCCGUUGGCUUCCUCUUUCGGAUACUAUCUUGUCCAUGGUGGUUAAGUGUAUGCCGGAUCCUGUUGUGGCACAGUCGUAUCGCAUCUCGCGGCUGCUUCCUAAGUGUGAGGUUGUUGUUGAGGAUGGGGUUGAUAGGAGAGUGGCGGAAGAGGCUGAGUUUGUGAGGAAAUCGGUGGAGGGGUGUGAUGGGAGGAAUGAAGCUCCUUGUGUUGCUUUUGUGUCAAAAAUGUUUGCUGUCCCAGUUAAAAUGCUUCCUCAUCCUAUCAGCGAUGAAGGAGAGGGUGAGUCGGAUGAAUGUUUUUUGGCAUUUGCUAGGAUCUUUAGUGGGGUUUUGUCUGUGGGGCAGAGAGUUUUUGUGCUUUCUGCGUUGUAUGAUCCGCUGAAAGGCGGGGAAUCAAUGCAAAAACAUGUUCAGGAAGCUGAAUUACAAUCCAUGUAUCUAAUGAUGGGUCAAGGAUUGAAAGUAGUGGCAUCUGCCAAAGCAGGAAAUGUUGUUGCUAUCCGAGGCCUUGGCCAGCAUAUAUUGAAAAGUGCUACUCUUUCUUCUACUAGGAACUGUUGGCCUUUUUCAAGUAUGGCAUUCCAAGUUGCCCCAACUUUGAGGGUUGCAAUUGAGCCAUCUGACCCUGCAGAUGUGGGUGCACUACUGAAGGGUUUGAGGCUUCUGAAUCGCGCCGAUCCCUUUGUUGAGGUCACGGUUUCUGCAAGAGGAGAGCAUGUACUUGCUGCAGCAGGCGAAGUUCAUCUUGAAAGAUGCAUAAAGGAUUUAAAGGAGAGGUUUGCAAAAGUAAGCUUGGAAGUCUCUCCGCCUCUUGUGUCCUACAAAGAGACCAUUGAGGGAGAGGUGUCUAACAUCCUGGAAAAUUUGAAAGUUCUUAGUAGGAGCUCAGAUUAUGUUGAAAAAUCAACACCCAAUGGAAGAUGUGUUGUCCGUGUGCAGGUGAUAAAACUUCUACCUUCUAUUACAAAGGUGCUCGAUGAAAGCUCUGAUUUACUUGGAGAUAUCAUCGGAGUAAAAUCGGGGCAGACUGUUAAAAGUUUGGAGACCCAAAGUCCAAAUAUUCUUAAAAAUGAUAAUCCAGCUGAAGUGCUGAAGAAACGCAUAAUGGAUGCAGUGGAGAGUGAUAUUUUGAGCAAUGAGAAUGACAAGGACCAUGCUGAAAACUGCAAACUCAAGUGGCUAAAGCUUUUGAGGAGUAUAUGGGCACUUGGACCAAGGCAAAUUGGUCCUAACGUUCUUUGUACUCCUGAUAUUAAAGCAGAAAGUACUGAUAGCUCUGUUCUAAUACGUGGUUGUUCUAAUGUAUCUGAAAGGUUGGGCUUUGUGACUGAUUCUAAUAACAGUAACUCAGUUGCUGAGACAUCUUCAAACGCUAGCCAAGAGUUGUACAUGGAUGCUGAGCAUCUUGAGAGUAGUGUUAUAUCGGGUUUCCAACUGGCCACUUCGGCUGGACCCUUGUGUGAUGAACCUAUGUGGGGUUUAGCGUUUGUUGUUGAGGCACAUAUAUCUCCAAUUACAGGGUCCUAUGAUGAAUCUGAAACACACCAACACUCUGAGCAAUAUGGCAUCAUUGCAGGGCAGGUAAUUGCAACUGUCAAAGAUGCUUGUAGAGCAGCUGUGCUUCAGAAUAAGCCACGACUUGUGGAAGCAAUGUACUUUUGUGAAUUGAAUACCCCUACUGAAUAUUUGGGUCCGAUGUAUGCUGUACUUGCCCGAAGACGGGCCCGAGUUUUGAAGGAAGAGAUGCAGGAAGGUUCCCCUUUCUUCACUGUGCAUGCAUAUGUUCCUGUUUCUGAGAGCUUUGGUUUUGCAGAUGAGCUUAGAAGGUGGACUUCUGGUGCUGCAAAUGCACUACUUGUCCUUAGCCACUGGGAAGCACUUCCUGAGGAUCCUUUCUUUGUACCUAAAACAGAAGAGGAAAUUGAAGAGUUUGGAGAUGGUUCUAGUGUUCUUCCAAAUACAGCAAGAAAGUUAAUUGAUGCAGUCAGACGGCGUAAGGGCCUUCCUGUGGAGGAAAAGGUAGUACAGCAUGGAACCAAGCAGAGGACACGGGCUCGUAAAGUGUGAAAAUCAUCAUUUCUGUUGUGUCCUUGGCUGUGAAGAGAACAUGUAAUUGUUGAAUGUAUGGAAACAGAAACGCGUCUAGGGAUGAGCACUAUCAUGUAUCCUUCUUCAUCGCUGCUUUGUGAAAGUAAAGAUGAACUGGCUGCUGUCUCCAUUGAUGAGCUCAUUGAGAAUGCUGAUGGUUGUGAAAUUCUAGUAGUUAAAUGUAAAGUGAGCAGAAGGAUCCAGGGGUAAAUCAUCAGAUGAUGGUGAACAACAUAUAGAUGAGCUUUCUUUCACAGAAUUAAGAGAUAAGCUAAUUGCCCUAGAUCCUCUGAAUACAAAGCACAUCAUCAAAGUCAAUCAAGCUGAGGCUGAGUUCUGGCAGAAGUCAGAAGGGUAUAGGGUUGGAUGGAGUGAUGAAAUAUUGGGCUUCGAUUGUGGAGGUCAACAGUGGGUAUCCGAGACAUACUUCCCUGCUGGAAAACUGGCUAAGCCAAGCAUGAAAGACCUUGAAUAUAUUGAAGAGCUGAAGCAACUUAUAGAGAAAGAAGAGAUACCUGCACCUGCUCCAAUUGAGCAGCGAUGGAUGAUAUUUUUUCUUGGGUCGGUAUAAUCAAGUACCUCCCUACCAUGGAUGCUCGCCAGAGGAAGGAUAUAACGGAAGAAUUCUUUCAUUACAGGCAUCUGACUUGGGCAAAAUUAUGGGAUCCUUACUCUGCUUAUGAACAUUGGGCUAAGAUUGAGGUUCCAAAGGACAAGGAGGAGCUUGUGGAACUCCAAGCAAGGAUAAGAAAGCGGUUUCCUAUGGAUGCAUAAAACAAGGCAAGAAUGGAACUGGAUCCCAAUAGGAUCCUUUCAAAUAACAUGCUGGAAAAGCUGUUCCCACAAUUAGAUGCCAUAUAAAAUUCAGGCUGCCACACAUUUGGAACUUCGGGAUGCAAAAUAUCUGGUGCACAAUCAGGAUUAUUAUACAUAAAUACAUUCUUUUUGUUUCUUGCCUGCAUGGGAGGAUGUCUUGAACUCAAAGAAGCUUUAAGGAUUGUGAUGUAAACGUAUUAAAGGAGCUCGAUUGAUCUUUCCAUUCUGUUGUUACUCAUCCCACCGGAAAGCGGAAGCAUAAAGAAGGGGGAAAAUCAAAGGAGAAAUUCUGUUGCUGACAUAUUUGUAUGAAUUGCUCUCCCUUUAGGAAGCCCGUUUGUCCCAAAGGAAUAAAAUUAUAAAAAUUAAAGUUGAAUCUGGAUGAUGACUUCCUUCAGAAAUUAAUCAGUCAGUAGAAAAUCAAUCAGUCAGUCAGCAAGUCCAACCCUAAUGUCCACAACAGCGCUCCACUGCAGAACAUUGCCCUAAUGUCGAAGCUUGUUUGUGUCUGUUGACUCAGAGUUCACACCAUAGCCUCACCGUGCGGGAGACAUGCAUGCCAACUGAAG